UUGAAAAACAUAUUUAAGACUGUUUUUCAACAGUCUUAAAUAUAACAUUUAAGACUGUUGAAAAACAAAACCUUUAUCUAUAAAGUGUAAAUUAUGAAAGACAAAACACUUCAACAAUAAUAUGAACUACAGAGAGAUCACAACGGACAAAAUGCCACUGGAAUUUUCCAAGAAGAAGAAUUGAUUGGCAGAUUGGCAGAUUCUUGCCAUUUCAUGAGAAAUUCCCUAGAAAAUAGACUUGCCUCAAACAUACAUAUGAUCAUUGAAACACACCUUUACUGACAGUUCUUGAGAAACAUGCAAGUGAAGCAGCUUUUGCUGAGCAUCAUCUGGUUUCAGCUCGCAUGUUGCCUGUAAGUGUUUAGGGAUCCUAAAACAGCAAUGCAAGAGGCAGAGUUGUCAUGAAUCAUGCCAGCCACUGCAGAUAUGUUUGGUUGCUCCCAGUUAUUUGGUUUCACUCAUAUUCACAGGCUGAUGGAGCUCCUGCAAAGGUUAGCACCUUGUUAUGGCUUAAUGGGACAUUGGAUAUCUUUAUUGUUCUGUGAAUUAUCCAUUUUAAGAACAAUGCACAGAUGGUGAACAUUUUGCAGAAUUUUUUGGGUGCAAUACACAUCUGAUAUUUUGGAUGCAUUUUAUGUAUUCUUUACUUCAUUUUGUGUGACAAGUCAGUAAAGCAGAAACAAUAAGAAACAAAGACAGAAAGGUGUCGUUGUUUAAAUUUUGCUUCUAACUUAAAUGAUUUUUGAUAAAAUAUUAUUGAAUUGUAUGCAGUGGUACUUAAUGCUAAGUCAUACGUUUUAACAAUCCUGGUAAAAAAAACUCAAAAUACUGAGUCAUGGAGAAUAGGUGACUUCAAGAUGACACUCUUCCCUAACUUAACCUUCCCUAACCUAACUCCAGUAACUUCUCUAGCUUUGGAAAUGUCUUUAACACCCUUACCAUCUGCAUUGUAUGUGUGGUGAAAAAUAAACUCAUUCAAACUUGAUUGUCUCUGUUCCAGUCGGUUUAAACAUUCUCAUGUUUGCUCUGGCCAUAUAUACAGGUGUGUGUAGAGAAGCUACUUGUCAUAUGAUGGCAUAAAAAUAUCAGCGCACCUCGGCUUACUUGAAUAGGAAUAGGUUUUCUUAUCUUUCCUAUUUUGAAGAGUGUUUAUGAUAGAUGACUACGUGUCAUCUCAUUCUCAUAAUCUAGGGAAAAUUUCAUUAUGGAUUACUAACUAAAAUUAAUAAAGUACAAAAAUCACAUGUCUGCAUUUAACAAAAAAAUUAAAUAUCUACAAUACAAUAAAUACUAUAUUUGCAAAAGAUAAAACCACAACGACAGAGAUUGUUUUUUUUUUUUGUUGUAUUUGUUUUUUCUAAGACAAGUUGCUUCUUCUCAUUUCUCUAUUAAAAGCUUCCCUCUAGUGGUGUGCUCAUGUACCUGCACUCAUAGCUCCACUGCAGCACUUGACUUUUUCUGUCUUUUGAAACAAUGCAAGGACCAAAACUGACAUAAUUAAAAAUAAAAUUCCUUUUAUUUGUACGGUAUUGUUGUAUAACAUCAUACGAUGUUUCUCUACUUAAAAUGGAUAAGUAUAGUUUUAGUUUCAGUUUUAAUGAUAAACUACAUUCAGAAUGGAGAGAUUUUCAUGAUUUGAUCUAAAACUCUAUGGGUUCCUCUUUGCAGCUCACAUUUACAUGCAAGAUGAUUUUUAAAAAUCAUCUUUUCAAACUUUUCAAAAUGACAUGUCAAAAGUUUGUUUGGAUUGAAAUUUUAUCUUCACUGCCAGCUAAGAAAUUUGUGGAGUAAAAGUAAAAUUCUAGAAACCAGAAAGAAAAGUUAUAAACAUGAUACUACUGAUGCAUGGUUAAAAUAAAAUCUGACUCAUAAAUACUAAAUAAGAUACAGGUCUUAAAUAAAUACAUGAAUCAAAUUAGGUUUAACUACUGGAAUACUCAAAUAUAUAAUAUAUUAUGAAACAUGGUACUGAAACCCUACAAAUUGUUGGGAUCCGGAGCUGUUCAUCCACCAGAGGGCGCUGGAGGCCUUGUUCCAUCUGAGGGCGUCUCCUGAACCACGCACCUGAAACCAUUCUGCCAUCAGGAGCUGUAUAACUGGAGGAGGCUGCUGACACUUCCCUGCCAGAUUGUUAGCUAGUUAUGGUACCGGCUCACUCCAGCUCUACUCUUCCUGUUUGCUUCCUGAAUUCUGAUCCAUCUGUGUCUCUGACCUUUUUCAGCUGAUUGACCUGAGACGUGCUGAAGAUAGAUCCAGCCCAGGACCCCUCCGAACCUACAGCUCGGCAGCCUGCUUCUGGCAGAACAGUUCAGACUUACCUGUCCGUCCUCCAACGCCGCCGCAGCCCGCAGCCCUCCGCGCCUCAAAACAGACUCCGGAUUUCCCAGGUUUUUCCCCCCAGUCCUUUCUCCUCCCGAUCGGAGCUGACCUGAGAUCCAGUCCCAAGCGCUCCCGGAUUGUUUAUCUGUUUUUUUUUCCCCCCUUCCCUUUGGUUGUAAUAAAUCUCUUUUAUCAAUCUCGGCUUCUGGUGUUGUUCUGCAUGUGAGCUAAGAAGUUAGACCUCAGCAUGACAGAACAAUCUGGCCGGGAAGUGUCAGCAGCCUCCUCCAGUUAUACAGCUCCUGAUGGCAGAAUGGUUUCAGGAGCAGCGGAAUCCAGAAGGAACGUUAAAUGUCCUUCAGGAUGCACCUGCUCCAAGGAGACUCUCAUUUGCGUCGGGGCUUCCCAGAUCCCCCGGACCAUCCCGACGGAGAUCAACUCAUUAAGCGUAGUUAAUGGAUCCGUUGCGGAAAUCACAGAGGGGAUGUUUGCUCUCAUGCCUUCUCUUCAGUUGCUGCUUCUCAACUCUAAUUCUUUGACCGCAAUCAAAGACGAUGCCUUCUCUGGUCUGUCUCAUCUAGAGUAUUUAUUCAUUGAACGAAACAAGAUCGACACAAUCACCAAAAAUGCCUUCAGAGGUCUGCGAACCCUCACCCAUCUCUCCCUGGCAAAUAACAAGAUACGGUUUCUGCCAAGAGAUCUGUUCUUCGACUUGGAUUCGUUGCUAGAGCUGGAUCUGCGAGGCAACUCCUUCCAGUGCACUUGUGAGAACAAAUGGCUGAUGAUGUGGCUGAAAAACACAAACGCCUCCGUAUCAGAUGUCUUUUGCGCAGGCCCCAGUGACAUGAAGGGCAAGCGGCUCAAUGACCUCCCUAUUCCACCGGGCGAAUGCAUUUCUACAGAUUUUGUGCGUCAUCAGUCUAUUCCUAUUCAGUCCAUGUCGGCAGACAUUUUUUCAUUUAAAGAGGACAUCUUUGUGGCCUUGGCUGUCCCUAACUCCAACAGCUGUGUGAUCAUGGAGUGGGAUCAUAUCGAAAUGAAUUUCAGAAAAUUUGACAACAUUACAGGUAAAUCUGUUGUUGGAUGUAAGUCCUUUCUGAUCGAAAACCACGUCCUGAUUAUAAUCACUCAGCUCUUUGGAGGCUCCCACAUUUACAAGUUUGAUGAGCAGCAAAACAAGUUUACCAAGUUCCAAACCAUUGAGGUCUUCAACAUCUCAAAGCCGAAUGACAUGGAGAUCUUUCAGAUGGAUGGGAACUGGUAUUUUCUGAUUGUGGACAGUUCCAAGGCUGGCAUGUCUACACUCUACAAGUGGACUGACCUACCAGACCGCAACGAGACCGGUUUCUAUUCCUACCAGUUCCUUCAUGAAUGGUUUCGUGAUACAGACGCUGAGAUUGUUGAGGUGGAUGGGAAGUUCUAUCUAGUUUUGGCAAGCCGCUCCCAGUCACCUGUCAUCUACCUGUGGAACAAAAGCACCCUUAAGUUCAUCCUUCACAGUGACAUCCCAAAUGUUGACGAUGUAGUGGCAGUCAAAGCAUUUCGUGUGGAGGGGGAACUGUACUUGGCCCUGGCUUGCUACAUCGGUGACUCCAAAGUCAUUAAGUGGGUCAAUAAGCAGUUUACUGAGGUGCAGGCACUUCCCUCUAGAGGAGCAAUGAUCCUCCAACCUUUUACCUUUGCAGACAGACAUUAUUUAGCUCUCGGCAGUGAUUACUCUUUCACGCAGAUACACCUGUGGGACACUGAGACAAAAACAUUUCAUAAGUUUAAGGAUAUUUACGUGCAGUCACCCCGUUCGUUCACUGUUGUGACCACUGAUCGCAGGAGUUUCAUCUUCUCCUCCAGCCUAAAGGGAAAAUCCAUGGUGUUUGAACAUGUGUUUGUAGACCUGAGUUUGUAAAAGACCAAGGAAGAGCCUCUUAAACUGAAAUGGUGUGAACACUUACAAAAGAGUUUUACAUGCUGUAUAACCUUACUUAUGCAAUCAGAUUUAUGGGUUUGUUCACCAUGAAAACUGUCAGGAUGGUUCUGCAAAUCAGACAAAACUCAAGAAAUUUUGGCAUAAUGAACUACUAAAACUUAAAAGCAACAGCAAUCUUGGAAAUUUAGUUGCAUGAAGAUAAUGUUAUGGCAAAGCAGAUUCUUAUUCUGUGUCGGCUUUUAUAAUAAUCCUAGCAAACAAAAUAGAGCUGAGCCAGAGAGUGUCAGUUCUGGCAAAUAGCCUUUUGAAACAAUGACUUGGCCAAUCCAUUCAGGAUUAUGUAGACAACAUAUUAUUUGUGUAGCCCAUGAUUCGUUAUGGGAUCAAAAUUCAGCAAAUCCAUCAGUCAAAAUACACAAAUAACAAGACAUUCGAGCUGAUUAUAGUCCAUUACUCAUCAGGAAAGAGAGUUCAGAUACUGUUUAUGUUCAGGUAACUUCAGAUUUUCCUCUAACUCCACUGAUAUGGCAGAACGUGAGGAUUUUUUUCUUGAUCAAUAAUAAACUGAAUGCAGUAGAUAACUCGCACGAGCUUAAGUUUAUAAUCAUAACAAGCUUUUGCAACCCAGUGCCUGACUGACAGCAAGAAAUAUAUAUGUCUUGUUGUUAUCUAUGCAAAGAAUAUACAUAAAAAUUAAACGUUGAGGGCUGCUGUAACUUCAGAAAUUGUGAAGAGGAAAUUUUCAUUAUUCCACUAAUGUGUGACCAAUUUCUUUGCUGAAUGGAGAAUUAUUUCUAUAAUUUUCACCUGCUGCACAGAUCUGACCACACAAAUCAUGCUAUGGUGUAGGACUGACUGACAGGUGAAAGCUAUAUAAUGUUAACCCCUAUAAGCAAUAUGUUUUUAUAUUAUUGUCCAGAUCUUUGUCUAGGUAACAAAAAAAUCAAUAUUUUCCUUCCCACAGCAACUUUAUCUGAAUCUGUGGUUAUGUUUAUAUGUUUUCCUUUGUACUAACCCUAAAGCAGUCAAUAGAAACUUUAACAUACCUACAACUAGGUUAGUGUAAAAACGAUUGAUAAACUGCAUUAAAGAUUGUUUGACCAAA